GAGAAGGAAACUGGCCUCUGAAGGAGCACCGACGUCUUAAUGAUUGUGAAGAACAUUGGUUCCUGCAUGGAUCUCUAAAUUAUUCCAGUAUUUUGCAGUUAGAGCUCUUCUGGCAAGAUCUGAUCUGGAUCUUUCUCUGGUGAGACCUAAGUGAAGACCACUCCAUACUGGUGACUCUAACCUGCCGGACCUUCACAACAGCAUGUCCACCAGGAGGAUAAUCCCACACGUAUAUGAUGUGGACUCCCUGUGCUACUUCCUCCGCUUCCCGCAGACGAUCUCCAUGUGUAUUGCCUUCUCCCUGGUGGCCAGCAUGGGCCACGAGAGGGGGGCUAUAGGUGACUGGUGCCUAGCCAUCUGGUGCCUCUGUUUCAUCAUGACCUUCUUCAUGUCUAUGUUCGAGUACCUUUUCUAUAGGGACAACUUUCCUUUUUUCUGGUACAAAUUACCCAUCACCUAUGCCUGCUAUGCGGCCCUCCUCUGCCUCUCGACCUCCAUCAUCUACCCCGUCUUCUACGUCCAGUACCUGCCUCAUGGUCCUUCCCGAGACCGGGCCAUCGCUGCGUCUGCGUUCUCCUGCAUCUCCUGUGUGCUCUAUGCCACAGAUGUGGCCUACACAUGGAAACACUACGGGUUCAAGGGCAUCCCCUGCUAUGUGCUCACAUUACCAGGCCUGCUGAAGAUUCUGGAGAGCUUUGUGGCCUGUGUCAUCUUCGUCUUCCUCAGCAACACCUCCCUGUACCUGCACCAGCCGGCCCUGGAGUGGUGCGUGGCCGUGUACUCCAUCUGCUUCGUCCAGGUAGCCGUGGCCAUGCUGCUGCGGCUGGGUGGCUGGGAGAACAGACUGCCCCUUCCGCUCCCCAUUUUCCAUCUGGGGCUGACCGUGCUCUCAGUCCUCCUCUAUGUCAGCGCUCUGGUCCUCUGGCCACUCUACCAGUUUGACGAGAAGUUAGGUGGACAACCCCACUGGGACAGCGAUAUGAGCUGUGUUGUUGAGCUCAUCGACUAUGGCUGCGUCUGGGAGCAGCGACUGGCUGUGGCCGUCCUGACAGCCAUCAACCUGCUGAUCUACGUGGCCGACCUGGUGUACUGGACUCGCCAGGUUUCUGUAGGGACUGAGCACCAGCCCAGUACCCCUUCUCCCCUCCACUCACAGGAUGUGUCUUUACAGAGCUCUGCUGUCCCCUGAUGCCCUCUUCCUGGCUCCCUCUCUCCCUCCUCACAUCCUUCCCAUUCAUCUCGCUCACUUUUCUGUUUUCUUCCCUCCAUCUGUUCUGUCUCCUUCCUAUUGUCCUUGGUUGCCCAUGUCCUGUUUUGCUUCUUUCUCUUGCUUCUCUCAUCGUUUCUACAUUUUCUGCUUUUUACCCCUGUUCUGGUCAUCCUUGGUUUUCUCAUCUCCUGUGUCAUGACCACCUCUCCCCAUUUUCCUUCUCCUGAUCCAUCAGGACCUGAGACUCUUUCCUUCUCUGUCCACCGCCGUCUCCCACCUCAUAAGGUUCUGACUUCACAGCAUACAGCCCUCUGUGCAGCUGUUCACACCCUGGGCCUCCGGAGGGGCCUCAUUGCCAAAGCGUGUCUGUCCCCCCUGGGAGUGCCUUAGUUGUUGUGUGUUUCUGGGUUUGGGACUGAGGGUGGGUAGCAAGGCAUCGGGCCUCAUUUCUCCCAAUAGAAGGGAGUGUAUAGAGGCACCUCGCCUUGAAGUAAGGAAAAAAAAAUUCUGGAGGUCACUGAUUCCCAGUGGGCGAGAGUCCUAAAGCAGAGAUUUUGGAUCCCUGGGCCCCACCUGAUGCUCAGCCUCACCUGAGAUUGGUUCCAGAAUUCUUCCUAGCUUACUAAACACUGGCUGCCUAGAGGGCAUCAUAAAGGAAUUUAGGAUGGCUUCCACCCCCAACCAAUCUCUGAAGAAUCAAAAAAGGAGCUGGUGAAGAACCCUAGGGACUUGGAGAUACCUGUCUGCAGUGUGGUGAGGGGCAGCGACGUGGCCCUCCCGCCUCAGUGAUCAGAACAGCAGGUCCUGCCUCUGCAGGGAGAAGAGCAUGGCCACUGCAGCCUUAAAGCUGAUGUUAGCUUGAGAUUCAUUUAUUUAUUUAUUUAUUUUUGUAUCUUUUGGUCUGGAGGCCAAAAAUUAUUGGGUGACUUGUUCUUAAAGAGACAGUUUCUUUUCAGAAUUUCUUGGGCACGUGGUUUGGGGGUGGGGUGGGGUGGAGUGGUUGUUGCUGCUUCCAUCAUCAAAGGAAUUGCAUUGCUUGAGUGUGAGGUGACACGUAUGUUGUUUCUGUGUACCUGUUGCUUUCUGCUGCUGCUUCCUGAGUUUCUGGAAUCAGGUAAAAUAAGUAUAUAAUUAAAAAUUUU